UCCAGGAUGUCGGCCAUGAAAACAAUCAAGUUGUUUGAAAAUGCGGACUUCGCGGGCGAAGAGCGAGUAUUCCUCUGCGCAGGGCCGUACCGCGACAUUCCGUCCGUGGAUGCCGGCAAAUGCUCGUCCAUCGUGGUCGAGUCAGGAACCUGGAUACUGUACGAGGAUAAAGACUACAUGGGGAAGGCAUACAUCCUGACCAAGGGACAGUACUCCAACCCGGCUAAAUGGACAGGUUCCGGUGGUACCAUCUCGUGUGUCCGGUGUGUUGGUGACGACACGCUGACUCUGUUCGAACACAGUAACUUUAACGGCCGGGCGUGCACACUCACCGGGCAGGCACCCAACCUCACACGGGUACGCUUCAACGACAAGGCGUCCUCAGCCAUUGUUACAGGAAAGUUCACCUGGCAGGUGUGUGAGGAUGAAGACUUCGGCGGGCGGAAGUGGGACCUGAAGCCGGGCAGCUACCCGGACCCGGCCGGCAUGGGGGGACACGACGUCCUGUCGUCCGCGCGGCCGUGUCAGGAGAACCCCGGGAUAGAGCUGUUCGAACACACCGACUUCAAGGGACAGAGCGUCUCGUGUGGACACACUGGGACACUGGUCGAAGUUGGCUGGCUGGGAGGCGGCUUUAACAACAAGUGUUCGUCCAUCAAGGUGCACCAGGGCACGUGGGUCGUGUACGAACACAUUAACUUCCGCGGUAAGGCGCACGUACUGAAACCAGGGGAAUACUCCGACUGCACCAAAUGGCAAGGAGAAGAGGACACCAUCACGUCAGUCCGUAGUGUUCCCGGUAACGCCCUGGUUCUAUUCGGCGGUGAUGACUUCUCCAGUUACUCCGCCCUGCCGCUUGUAGAGAGUCACGGGAACUUCGCCGACCUGGGGUUCGACGACAAAGCCUCUUCUGCCAUUGUUACUGGAGGUGACUGGGAAGUGUAUGAAGACUCGUCAUUCGGUGGUAAGCAGUGGAAGCUGAGCCCGGGACAGUACACCAGCCUCGCUACCUUGGGGUGUAACGACAAACUCAGCUCUGCAAAACGCCUUUAA